AUGUUAACUAAAAGAAGGGGCAUCAGUGUGAACCCCCAGGGUGGGUCUUAUUUAAACCACACAGCAAUAUUUUCCCCUCUGGGUGCUGUCCGUGUGGUCCAGCUUGCUUUAGGCUGUGCGGUCAUUUCCUUAGUGGCUCACACUGCUGGCUAUAGCGCCCCAUAUGGGAUGUUCUGCAUGGUAGUAUGGAGUAUUUGCUUUGCCCUCUCAGUAGCUAUCUUCAUUCUGGAUGUGACGUGGCUGCAUUCCUGUCUUCCUGUGUCCUGGGACAACCUGACCGUGACCCUGGCAGCGUCAGCCACUCUGCUGUACCUCAUGGCUUCUAUUUUGUACCCUGUCUACUUUGUGAGCUCAGAGUGCCCCUACAAUGACUGUGAGGUAAGGAACUUCCGAAUCGCUGUGACGGCCUUCUCUUGGGCGGCUUUUGUAGCAUAUGGUGCCGAAGUGUUCCUGUCCCGGGCCAAACCGGGCCAGGCAGCUGCCUACAUGGCUACACCAUCUGGCCUCCUGAAGGUGGUGCAAGUUUUCCUGGGCUGCGGCAUCUUCGCCACAAGGAGUGAGUUCUCGCUCCAUGCGGCCACUAUCUACUGUGCUGUGGUGUUCGCCGCCUGCUUGGCUGCCACCUCGCUAUUGGUGGCCCUCAACGUGUGUGGCCGUGCUGCCCCUCUAAGGCUGCCCUCCGACCGUUCGGUAAUGCUCUACGCCUUCGCCGCGGUGCUGUUGUACCUGAGUGCCGCUGUAGUCUGGCCUAUCUUCUGCUUUGACAGGAAGUACGGGACGCCAAUCCGACCCCAGGGCUGCCCCAGAGGGAAGUGUGCCUGGGAUGGCCAACUGGUUGUGACUGUGUUGUGCUUCAUCAACUUGGCCCUGUACAUCGCGGAUCUCUGCUAUUCGCAAAGAAUACACCUUGUGACACAACGACCACGUGUAUAG